CCUACUACUUUCUGUGUGGGUGUGUAGAAUUUGUGGUAAAAUAAAAGAAAGUUAAUUAUUAAAUAACCUCAUUAAAUAGUUUAAAACACUAAAGUAACCCUAACUCUAAUUAACUCUAUUAUUAAAGUAAAUCUAACCAAAAGAGUCAUGUCUGUUAUUGAGGUCAGACAUUUUCCACCGAAGUGGGAUUUAUCAAUGAUUGUCCGAAAACUGGCUACUGUGAUAAGAGGAAACUUCUCGGCUUUGAACUUUGCCACUUCUAAGGAGGGCAGAGCAUGCUACUUAAAAUUGUCAGAAAUCCUCAAUCCUCAUACAGUAGUGAACAGACUGAACAGAGCUACAUUUGGAUGCUAUAGAAUUAAUGCACGCAUACCGGAGGUUGUGCCACAAUUAAAAGUAUCAAAGAAACCAAGAACUAUACCGCCAAAGUUGAAACAUAGACUUAACAUUCCAAUCGAGGGGAGUCCUACAGAGGUUCUGGAAAAUACAAUAAAAGAAGUUAUAUCUGAAUAUAAUCACAAGUUUCCAGGAGCAUUUGUGAUGAAUAAGAAACUUGGAAAAAAGCUUAUACUGGGAAUGAGAAAGAUAAUUGCCCAACGCCUCGAACGUAUUAUGGAAUCGGACGAUGAGACAAGGGGAAGCUGUUUCAAGUUGAGUCUCGCUUACCGCAAGAGGCACCCUCACUUUACAGACUUUGAGUUUAUUAAGAGCACUCUGCACAGCAUCCAAGAUGCUUCUGGUAUGCCCAGGGAUGAGAUCAACGAACUCGAAAUCAGUACCGUGACAAAAAAUACGAACGUUCCAGAAUUAUUGCGUUGCAAGAAUAUAAAUGUAGUGGUACAUAAAUAUGGCGAACUAUUGAAAGCUAAGGUCGGGGAGCACUUGAACAAUCUGGACACUGUCACCUUGGAGACGGACUCCGAAGAGGUUAAGUCAAGGAAGAGAGUGCGGAGGCAACUCAAGUCGAUGGCGCCUUGCAUCAACCUGAUCAUGAAAGAGAUCCUCGAGAAGAAAUUCUUAUCGGUCAGGAAUCAAUUAGUGAGAAUCAAGAUCUACGGCGAGCCGUUCCUGCCGUCGAAGGAGGAUCUGAUGCCGUUGACGCGGCGCCUGCAGGCCGUGCGCGUGCGGCGCUCCCGCGUGCUCUACAACCUGCUGCUGCUGAGUGUGCCGCGACAGCACGCCGCCGCCGCGCUCGCCGCCGACGGGACCGCCCUCAACGGCGCUAAACUGGUCGUGCGGCAAAUGGACACGAAUGAGAGGAAGAAACUGAAGAGGUACGGCAAGCUGCCGGAGGGCUGGACGCCGGGGUGCGACGACUCGGAGGACUCUGAGGAGGAGGACGACUCGGAGGGAUCCGAAGAGGACAUGGACUUGGACGAAGAGUGAACUUGGCUGGAGCAGGUCGACACGAGAGCUGCGCGCGGAGUUGGUGGCCCGCGGUCAGCAGCGCGCCGAUGCCGGGAUUUGCUGCAGCGGAGUCUCGGGCCGGGAGUGGAAAUCCCCCAAAACUUUAAUGCUCAUGCAUUAUAACCAUAAAGGACAAUGCCCAUUUUCUAUGGGCGUUUGGGCCCCUAAAAAAAGUUGUCCUGUCAU